CGAUCAGUUCAGUGUUUGCCAGUUGCCCAAUUUUAGAGGGAUUACAGAAGCGUCUUUUAUAAUUUUACAGUAGAAUUGUUGACAAAAUUUUAAAAAAUGUGGUUCACCUACAAAUUUAUCAUAAAUAAAUUGAAAAGUGAUUUGAUGUAAAAUGUUUUGUAUUAUUGUUUCAAGUAAAAAAGACAUGAGAAGGUACAUUGUGUGGAAUUCAAAAGUAUAUUGCUAGUUGGACGUAAACGAAAAAACAUCAGGAUAAUUAUUUCAUGUCAACCAAGAUCUUUUACAAAAAGUAAAAGCGUGUUAAUCUGGAAAUUGUGAUAAAAUAUUCUGGGCACUCAAUCUUCUUUUUACAAUAAUGGAUAUUUAUUGUUUAUGAAAUAAAAGGAUCGCUGAAAUCAUCGUUCAUGAAACUGGCAUUUUAGGAUUAAAAGAAACAUUUCCUUGGGAAAACAAAGAUAAGAAUAGGACUUGAAAUACAUAUGUACCAACAGGAAAUAUGGAAAACGACGAAAAUAGUGGCGAGAGGACAAAAGGCAAUGUGAAAACAAAAGUUGCAUCAAAAAUCAAGUUACUGCAACUGCAGUACGAUGCUGCCCGAGAAUAUGCUGCAAAAUAUAGAAAAUUGUCUGAAAACCGACAACAAAGUUUACCGGAUUUCGAUGAGGAUCAAAAUAUUGUGCCACAAAGUAGUGGCAAUGAGAAUGACGAAGCAUCUGCAUUCUUCCCUCAGAGUGUUGCAGAAAAUCCUGAAGAAUGUAACAGCAACUUAGAUCCUGAUGAAAGUGACUCCAAUGAAAGUGACUCCAAUGAAGACACAAGUGACAAUUUUAACAAUUUCAACGAUGGAAACUACGAACAGUCUUCUUUUCUAGAAUCUAAUAACACUCUGAUGUUCCCUCAAUCAGGCUUACAAGUAAAUGACGUAAUCGAAAUGCUGAUGGGAUAUUUUAUUCAGUUCGGAUUAGUCGAAGAAGCUAGAAUUAAAUUAAUUAAUAUCAUCAAAAUUUUAGCUGGUCCUCUAUUUAAAAAUUUGGAAAUUUCAAAUUAUAUGCUGAAUAAGGUUAUGGAUGCACCACCGGAUAACGUUAUUUUUCAUUAUUACUGCAAAGAGUGCGAAAAAGAAGUUGUUCAUUCAUCCGUAAAGUCAGGUAUUAAGGGACAGAAAAAAAUUUGCCAACAAUGUCAAAGUAAAAAUAAAAUUACUCUUAAUAAUAACAAGUAUUUUUUGACUGUAAAUUUCGAAUAUCAGCUUCAAUUAUUGUUAAAAAAUAAAGAAAUCAGAGACCAUCUAGUAGGUACAGUUUACGGUAACAAUAAACGUGACGAGACCAGUGAUAUUAGGGAUAUUCAAGACAGCAAAUUGUAUAAGGAGACAAAAAUUAAAUUUCCCAACACAAUUACAUACAAUCUAAGUACUGACGGAGCACCUGUUAGCAUGGGUAAAUCUGGAGUACGAAGUUUCUGGCCUCUAUCGGUUAUUAUAAAUGAUUUGCCACCAGAAAUUAGAUUUAAACAUAUAUUGCUUGUAGGUAUGAUGAUGGUUACCUCUGAACCUCCACCACAUUUGAUGAAAUUAUUUAUUGAUAAAUUCAAGGAGGAUGCUUUCCGCUUGCACACGAUAGGUUUAUUAUUAGAAUUAGCGAAAAAUUAUAAAAUAAAAUUGACAUUUACAAUUCUCUGUAUAAUUGCGGACUCUGUUGCUAGAGCUGUACUGCAGUAUAGGAUGCAAUAUAGUGGAUACUGCAGCUGCACUUACUGCUACCAAUUAGGAUUUUAUUUCGGGUAUGUAAGGUUUCCAUUCAUAGGGAGUAAAUGCGAGGUACGAACACAUGACUCACACAUGAGUGAUGUUUAUCUAUGCGAAAAGAACGGUAAAGCAGAAAAUGGCGUGAAAGGACGAUCUUCUUUUUGUAGUUUUCCCAACGUUGACAUGGCGCGAAGUUUCAGUUUAGAUUUCAUGCAUAAUGGAGUUUUAGGAGUCGCAGAGCAAAUGUGGAAAUUAAUGAAGAAAAACUUGACUCCUGUUCAACGUAGUUCUGUUGAACAUUUAUUAACCCUGAUUCAGCCGCCAAGAGAGUUGCACAGAAAGCCGGAAAAAUUAUCGAAACUCGGUGAUUGGAAAGCAACAAACUGGAAGGCUUGGUUAUUUUAUUACAGCGUUCCAUUGUUACUCACAGUGGUAUCAGAAAACUUUCCAAUUGAGUCAGUGGAGUAUUAUGCAUUAUUUGUCAAUGCAAUGUACACACUGUCGAAAACAAAAAUUUCCCGAGACGAUUUAGUGAAAAGUAAAAAAGACCUUUUGAAAUUUGUCUCUCACGUUGAAACAACCUAUGGUUUAUCAGCAAUGACAUUUAAUAUUCAUUUGUUGUUACACGCCAUUGAGAACGUAAUUGACACUGGUCCUUGUUGGUCAACAUCAGCUUUCCCCUAUGAAAGUAAUAUUUUCAUUUUGAAAAGCUCAGUGAAUGGACCCAAAGCUGCAGAUCAGCAAAUGAUUCGAAAAUCCCUGCAGAGAUUAUUGUACAAAUUUCGACCGAGGGACCAUCUUCCUGAUAUUGUUAAAGAAGUCUGCGAAUCAUUUCUUACUGAAAAACGUUAUACUCCAAGUGCAAAGUCUGUAGGCAAUGUCACACUUUUCGGUUUCUGUGAAUCAGAUGAUUUCCCACGAAACUACGAAACUUAUGAACGUUGCUCGUACAAAGGAAUGAUCUUGACAACGGCUCAUUAUAGCAGAAAUGAAACGCACAAUGAUUCGGCAAUAAAGCUGGAAGAUAACAGUGUUGCACAAAUUUUAAACAUUUUUGUACAACCAAAUGGCCUCUGUUUUUUAAAAGUUCAACAAUUAAUUAUUGAACCACUGUUCAUUAAUCAUGUAAAAAUGGAACACAUAUGGAAAGUACUUCCAUCUCCUUCGAAUCAUAAGAUUAUUAAUUUUAGCGCUGUACAAUCAAAAAUGAUUGUUUUGGAUUUAGACAGUAUAAAAAUACAGUAUUUAUGCAGUAUGCCCAAUUGUUUUGAAAAACAGUAACUCCAAAUUUGUCUGUAAGCAUGAUUAUUUCCAUAAGAAGCACGUUUGUCUUUUAAAUAAGUAGUUUGCACUUGUGUAUGUUUCUACAUAUGUAAAUAAUAUACUUUGUACACUUAAAAACUCAAUUCUAAGCAAUGAAUGAAUUCUUAAUA